AUGAACGUGUCGGUUGAAGCGGGUAUGGAGAUGAUGACGCUCCCAUCUACAGACUUCCAACCCAGAUGGGACCAAUGGUUCGCUCAGGACGUGUGUCACGACUGCGGGACCAGCGACUUCAUUGAGGACUUUGCAUCGGGCGACACCAUCUGCCUACAGUGCGGUCUGGUGGUGCCCGACCGCAUCAUAGACACGCGCUCCGAGUGGCGCAACUUCGCUGACAACGAAGGCGACGACCCGAGUCGCGCCAGUCGGGCUGAUGAGUCGCUGCCUUCGGGCGGCCUCGGCUGCAACAUCGCCACCAGUCCCCCCGCGCAGUCUGCCGUCAGUCAGACCACCACGCUCCGCCGUCCUGGCAGCGGCGGCACCCAGCUGGCCCGGCUGCAGGCCCGCAGCCAGACCGACAAAGAUGACCGCAAGGUCCUCUCGGGCUACGCCACUCUCUCGCACAUCGCGGACCUGAUCGCUCUGCCCGAGAAGAUCAGGCUGAUCGCCAAGGAGAUGUACUCGGCGUUUGCGGCCAAGCGGCGGAAGAUGCUGUUCAAGAAGAACGCACUGGAGGCGGCGGUCAUCUACAUGGCCUGCAGGGAGGCCAAGGUGCCGCGCACCUUCAAAGAGCUGGCCGGGCACACCGACCUCGCCGACAAGGACAUCCGCCACUACUACAACAUGCUCAAGAAGGCCCUCCCCGCCUCCGAGCAGCAGAUCCGCAGCGCCACAGCCGGUUCAGACCUCGUCGUACGCGUCACCAUCAUCAUUACCAUCAUCAUCACCAUCAUCGCCAUCAUCACCAUCAUCGUCAGUGAGCUAACACUAUGCGCACAGAACCGGUUCUGUUCGAAGCUGAGGCUGUCGCAUGCGGUGGUGAGCCUGGCGAUGGCGAUCGCCGACCGGGCUGCUGGGUUGCUGGAGGGCAAGAGGCCGUCGUCGAUCGCGGCGGGGGCCAUCCUGCUGGCCUCCAAGCUGAAGGGCGAGUCGAGAUCGCCGCAGGACAUCGCCCAGGCGGCCUCCAUCUCCGCCGCCACCGUGAGCAACAUCUACAAGCAGCUCAUCGACAACCAGGCCACCGUCCUGCCGCCAGGAGUAAGUAGUACACCAACACCGCCUCGCUUCUAG